AGUCACCUCGUUGUCUCGCCGCGCUUCUCUCUCGAUCGAUCGAGCCAUGGAUUCCGGGAACCGAGGGCCAACGCCGGUGCUCUCGCCGGAGGCAGCGACUCGCUUUGGAGAAGGGAUCAGCCUCGUGCUCGCCCGGUGGACGGCGCUUCAAAUGGCGGUCCAGAACGGGUGGGGUGGGAGGGAAUCUCGCCAAAAGGCUGAUAAGCUUGCCUCUGCCGUUCUCUCUUGGUUCUCCAACGACAAAGCUCCACUUUAUAUAGAUGAUUUGGAAAACAUACUGGAUGAGAACAUGGUGCUUUCCUUCAAUACUGAAAUCGAGGAUGGCAGCGUAGAAGAGAUUGCUGAGCAAUUGAUGAUUAUGCAUGAAGACUGUCUGCAGGGAAAUUUUGAAUCAAUUGAUCAAUUAAAGAACUCUGCUUCCACGAGAAAUGCUGCCUCUCAAAGUAGACAGGUGGUUAAUGAAAACGAGGGUGAGAGUUCAGAUGAACAGGUGGACGAAGAUGGAUCGGAAAUGAUGGUUGAUGAACCAGAACCAAAGGAAGUGGUCCUGAAUGAGCCAAAACAACCGAAACAAACACCUGAUGAAGAGGGUUGGUUUGUUGUUCCUACCAAGCGUAAUCGUGGUAAGAGAUGGGCAUAAUUCAUGUCUUGCAAACUCAUAGUGCCGGUGAAGUGCUAAUAUAAAUAUUUCUUUCUUGCCAUUUUGGUUGAGCAUUUCUUUACUUGAUCUUCACUCUUGUAUCCAUCCCUUGACUUUUGUGUUUGAAAGGUUUUCAUCUUCUCAUUUUGGUUGAGCA